GCUGCUACAGAUUUGCUGCUGCUGCUAGAGAUCUGCUAUUGAAACUGCUGUCGAUCUGCUGCUGGAGCCUGGAGUUGCUGUCAAUCUGCUGCUGAAGCCUAGAGUUGCUGUCGAAGCUGCAGUAUCCCAUCAUCCUCACUCACUAUAUGUUUGAUGCACACCUCAUUAAUUUUUACUUAUUUUUUAUGUAAAAAAUAUGUAUUUUGAUGUUAAUUGGCGAGGAAUGGGGAUCCCCGCGGGAAUCCCCGUUCCCUGCAGGGAAUGGGGAUGGGGGGCAAAAUUUGCCCCUCGUCAAAAAUCCCCUCGGGGAUCCCCGUCCCCGUCAUUUGCGGGGACGAGGAUGGGGAAGGAGUCCCCGACCCCGCGGGGCCCCGUUGACAUCCCUACCUGUGACCCUAGCACUUGGUUAAGCCUUCUGUCCUGUGCGAUUAAGACGGCCCCAAAAUGGCGUGGGCGCCCAAGGGGUGGUCGUAAGGAUCAGGGCACUCCUCCGAUCCCAGAUGCUAGUCCCCCUGCCCAAGCUGCUCCACAAGAGGGAAGGACGAGUAAUCCUCAGAUAGCCACUUUUGUUCAGGAACUUAUGGCAAAGAUAAGACGCCAAGCAUCUCCUACCACAAGUGUGCCACCUCCAUCCCCAGUGGUUUCCACUCCUACGACCCCUGCUCCAAUUUCCCCUGUUCCUAUUUCUUUUGCUCUUGCGGUGUCUAGCUGGAAGGUCUAUACAGAAUUCCAGAAGCUGGUGACCAAGAGAUUCGAUGGUACCGCGGGUUUUGAGCAGGUGGGUUAUAUGCUUACUAGUGAAGCAUUAACUUGGUGGGAGAAUUAUCUGAAGCUACACCAAGGAGAGCUUGAAUUGAGCACCUGGGAUGGCUUUAAAAAGGUGUUCAUGCAAGAGUACAUACCAGAUAGCAAAAGGUGGGAACUGCAAAGGGAAUUUUCAGAUCUAAAUUUAGGGUCGGGUACUGUUGAGCAAUACAAGAAGGAGUUUGACCGCUAUCUGCCUUUUGUGGGUAGUCAGGUUGGGGAUGAGCUAGCCAAGGCUGAUAAAUUUUUAUGGGGCUUGAAUCGCGAUAUUUAUCUAACAGUGAAUCAAUUCAAACCCGCCACUUAUAGAGAGGCUGCGGACAGAGCCAUAGAUCAAGAAAAGGCUAUGGCUAGAGUCAAGUCCUCAAGACAGCACAAUGCUAGGUCAUCCCUUGGGAAGAGAAAAUUUGAUGGGAGCCGUAGGUCCCUUGUCCUUGCACCACCUAAGUCUGAGGUCAACAAGGGUUCUAAAGGGCUAGGAGCCACCAAGAUUGCACACCCAAGAUCAGUGCCACACCGUUACUGGGGCUUGCUUCAAAUGUGGCAAGCAGGGACAUCGGAUUGCAAAUUGUCCACUGCUAGACCCCAAAGCUCAGAGUACUCAACCUACCUCUCCGUAGAGUUCUACCAGUCAAGGGGCACAGAAACAGAGUACCGGGGUACCUUACCUGUUAACUCUGAUUAUGCACAUGUUUUAUUUGAUUCGGGUGCAUCGCACUCCUUUAUUGCCCGAUCUUAUGCUUUGAAACGAGCUUUGCCUAUUGAUACCUCUGAUCUUAAACUGCAUGUGGACACCCCUUUAGGAGGGGUGAUGACUACUAGGGAGGUGUGUAGGACUGUGGAUACUUACAUGGAUGGUAGACAGUUGAGUGCUAGCUUGUUUGUUUUAGAUAUCUCUGAUUUUGAUAUCAUUUUGGGGAUGGAUUGGUUGUCAAAACAUUUUGCCUCUAUAGAUUGCCAUCGGAAAUGGGUAAUUUUUAAUAUCCCUGGUGAGCCAGAAUUUAGUUUCCAAGGCAGUGGUUCUUUUGCUCCACCCAUGCUAAUAUCUGCCUUGCAGGCUCAAAAAUAUCUUGUAAAUGGUUGCCAGGGUUUCCUAGUUUCCGUCACUGAUGCUAGAAGUGUGACAUCGAGACUAGAAGACAUACCGGUGGUGCGUGAGUUUCCAAAUGUAUUUUCGAAGGAUCUCCCAGGUUUACCUCCGGAUAGGGAGCUUGAAUUUGCUAUUGACCUUGUUCCUGGCACCGGACCUUUUUCCAAAGCACCAUACCGUAUGGCUCCUGUAGAAUUGGAGUUAAAGGUCCAGCUGGAGGAACUCCUUGAAAAAGGGUUUAUACACCUUAGUGUGUCACCUUGGGGAGCUCCAGUGUUGUUCGUUAAGAAGAAGGAUGGGAGCAUGAGGCUAUGCAUUGAUUACCGGGAAUUGAAUAAGUUGAAGAUUAAACCUGAUGAUGUGCCAAAGACUGCCUUCCGUACCCGUUAUGGUCAUUAUGAAUUCAUACUCAUGCCAUUUGGCUUGACAAAUGCCCCUGCCAGAUUUAUGGAUUUGAUGAAUCGGGUGUUUAGUAAGUACCUAGAUAAGUUUGUGGUUGUCUUCAUUGAUGACAUCCUGAUCUACUCUUCUAGCCAUACUCUUCAUGAAAAGCACUUAAGGACAGUCCUCGAGACAUUGAGAAGUGAGAAGCUGUUUGCUAAAUUUAAGAAGUGUGAAUUUUGGCUAGACAAUGUUGCAUUCCUAAGUCACGUUGUCACUAAGGAUGGAAUCUCGUUAAAGCCUUAUGAAGAAAAUUACCCUACCCAUGAUCUGGAAUUGGCAGCUGUGAUAUUUGCACUCAAGAUCUAGAGGCAUUAUCUGUAUGGUGAGACUUGUGAAAUCUUCAUCGAUCACAAGAGCCUUAAGUAUAUUUUCACUCAAAAGGAGCUUAAUAUGAGGCAGAGGUGAUGGCUUGAACUUUUAAAGGACUAUGACUUGACCAUUAGCUACCAUUCGAGCAAAGCUAACAAAGUAGCAGAUGCGUU